UUAAAUGUGACUUACUGUAAAUGGAGCCAUAUGUGGACAGAGUUUUUCUAGAGACAGUCUAACCAGUUUAACAAAUCAUAAACAUCUUUGCUCAGGGUAAUAUCUUUUGACAGCUCAGACAGCCCACAGAUUUUUUUUUAGAUUAGUUACGGGAAACUGUGAAUCAGCACAGACAAAGCUGCCAGGAAUUCUUCAUGAAGGAGAAGCUUUAUGAAUUGGUCCAUUAUGUACUUUAGACACUUUAUUCAAAGCUAAGAAGAGGAUUUAACGAUCGAAAAUAAUGUUAGUUGAGAACCAACAGUUCAGAAAGAGCUCUUAAAGCACUGUUUGCUCUGUGCGAGAGUUGAGAUGGAGAGUAAAUCUGGAGCGAGCUCUGACAUGCUGAAGUGUGGACACACCCUGCUGUUAUUCAGGGCAGAAAAUGGAGGACAGCUGCAUGCGUUCUGGACCAGCAGGAGAAACAUUGGUUGCAAACGGCACGUCACCUCCGGCCAGUUCUGUUGUAUAAUAAGUAACCCAAACAUAGUUUAAGACUGUGGAGGAGGUAGACUGCCAAUUCAAGCAACGGUCCUGCAGCUGAACUGCUGCUUAGGAAUUUUUGUGAGUGUCUAGCUCAUAAAAUCCAAACCUUUGGGUUUGAAGUUGCUUAAGAAAGUCUAUAAAAAGCCAGCUGAGACCACGGCUCAAACUAUCCCUUAAAACCAUGGCACUUCUCGAAGUGGAUCGCAGCACAGACUGGCAGAGGACCGAGCCUGGUUUAUUGUCCUCUCUACAUCUCACAUUGGCUGACUAACCAUCACAGUGGCGCUCCUGUUCCCGCAUCACUGAAUCAUACUGACGCAGGUCUCAAAGGAAUCCAGAUGAUCCUGUUCAGUCCGAUGAGCUCUGCAGUGCUGUGCUGCAUACUGUGGCUCGCUGCGCCUGCCUUCCUGCGCUCUGAAUUCAAGGUGGCCUACGUGACCGAGCGCAGCUUGUACAUGUGCACAUAUGACCAGGAUCUGGCCUUCUGUGAGAACAUGAACUCCAGCGAUUUCAGCAACUGCAAGGAUCAAUCAUCUGUCCUGCACAGGGGCGAGAGUCCCAGCCCGGUUCACAAAAAGCGUCUGACGGUGUGGUACAGCUCGCCUCUUAACGUGGCCCUCCUGCUGAACAACUCUGAGGUGCGGCACCUGUCGCUGAUCCAGUGCAAGCCCGCCGCCGAGCAGCCCGUCCCGUUUGAGUACUUCACAGUGCAGCGCUUGGAGACCCUGACGGUCACCUAUCCCUUCUGGAAGCCUGGACAGAGCUAUGACAUUAUCAUCGGCAAGGACAGGGACGCCCUGUACCACGAGGAGGCGCGGAUCGCUGUCAUUCACACCUCUGUGCUGACCGGGAAAACAGAGCCGAAGUCAUACACAGUCCAGACCAAAGUGGACCCCAGCGGAAUGAUGUCCUUCCCAAACAUUUUUAUGUCUCGCAACGGGCUUUCGGAAAUGUCCAGGAUAUUUGUCACUUUUCUGUACUGAGAGGAAUUUUCAGGAAUUUAAAAGCUUCAUUGUAGUCACCAUAACACAAAUAGCUGUUGUGCAUAAUUAAUAAUGGAUAUACUUAAUUUAUACAAUUAUACUUAUCGCGUACAUUGCAAACAUAAAAAAAAAAUAUCAAACACUAUCAUAAAACUAAACAAGAACAGAUUAAUUCUCUGAGGUUGUUAAUGUGGGCUUUGCACAUGUGCUGCUGUUUUACUAGGGAUUCAAUUCUGUUAAGAUGUUUUGUAUUUGCAAUAAAUAAGGGAUUUUAAAAUAUAUUUAUAUAUAAUAAAAAAUGGCAAAGAA